AAUCUUAUUAUUUCGUUUCAAGCAGUCGGCACUUAUUUAACUUAGAAAUGGCGGUUCAUAUUGAAGGUUUGUUAGAAAAGACUUUAAACGAAAAAAUAAAAAGUUGUAAAAUCUUAGUUGUUGGUGCUGGAGGUAUUGGAUGUGAAUUAUUGAAGAAUCUUGUAUUGACUGGUUUUGAAGAGUUGCAUGUUAUUGAUUUGGAUACCAUUGAACUGAGCAAUCUCAAUCGACAAUUUCUUUUCCAUAAGCAACAUAUUGGUCGACCAAAAGCAAUUGUUGCUAAAGAAAGUGUCUUGAAAUUUAACCCCAAAGCUAAAAUCACUGCUUAUCAUGAUUCAAUUACAAACAAUAAAUAUGACGUUGCAUUUUUUCGUCAAUUCUCUGCUGUUGCAAAUGCUUUGGAUAAUGUUGGUGCUCGAAGUCAUGUGAACCGAAUGUGUUUGGCAGCAGAUAUUCCACUGAUUGAAAGUGGAACUUCAGGAUACUUGGGUCAGGUCACUGUAUAUAAAAAAAAAAUUACUGAAUGUUUUGAAUGUUUACCAAGAAAGCCUCAGAAAACAUAUCCUGGAUGUACUAUUCGGAAUACACCUUCAGAACCUGUACAUUGUAUUGUCUGGGCUAAACAUUUGUUUAAUCAACUGUUUGGUGAGACAGAUGCUGAUGAAGAAGUUUCUCCAGAUGUGGCUGAUCCAGAGUUAGGAGGACAAGCAAAUGAGGCUGGAAAUGUACAAAGAAUCUCUACAAGAGAAUGGGCCAAAUCUUCUGACUAUGAUCCUCGUAAGCUUUUCGAGAAGCUAUUUUCUGAGGAUAUCAAAUACUUACAUUCUAUGACUGAUCUUUGGAAGAAACGGUGCCGUCCAAUGAUAUUAGAUUGGAAUGAUCUGCCAGAUGCAGUUCCUGGAAGCAGUAAACAAGAAGAACCACGGAUCAAAGAUCAGAUGCUAUGGAACAUAAAGCAAUGUGCAGACAUAUUUUGUAGCAGUCUAACUGCUUUAAAAAAGAAAGUUGAUGAAGGAGGCCCUGGGACUAUUUUGACUUGGGAUAAGGAUGAUGAUCAUUGCAUGGAUUUUGUUGCUUCUGUUUCUAAUUUACGAGCACAUUGCUUUCUUAUACCCUUGCAAAGCAAAUUUGAUGUUAAAGCAAUUGCCGGUAAUAUUGUUCCUGCCAUUGCAACAACCAAUGCAGUCAUUUCAGGAUUGUUGGUUUUACAACUGAUUAAUAUCUUGAAAGGAGACAUAACCAAGUGCAGAACAGCAUGGCUGAAUGAAAGUGCUAAAGGGGGAAAGAAAAUGAUCUCAUCUGCUCAGUUGGAGAAACCAAAUCCCAAAUGUUUUGUGUGCUCUCCUCUUACACCAGAGGUUGCAGUAAAAGUUAAUGUGAAAACUCUAACAGCAAAAACUUUAAAUGAUAAGAUAUUAAAAGAAAAGUUGCACAUGGUCCAACCAGAUGUUGUUGUGAAUGAUGGCUCUGGAAAAAUCAUUAUCUCAAGUGAUCCAGAUGAUAUGAUUGAUGAUAUGAUGGAAAAGAUAUUAUCAUCUUUUGGUAUUGGUGGGGACUCCUUUUUAUUAUGUGAAGAUUUUUUCCAACAUUACAAAAUUGUUCUUGUUCUUAAACAGAGUGAUGCAUUGAGUGAUCAAGAGUUUGAAAUUGAGACUGAUAUUGACAAGCUCGUGACAAAACAAAAAGAAGAUAUAGCUGAUGGAGGAAGUCAAACAGGAAUAGAAACAGAUGAUUUCUGUGAAACAGUUUGUGACAGUGAAGAAGUUCAAAUAUCGAAAGUAUUAAAAGUUUCUUCGCCAGCCAAGAGAAAGGUACCUGAAGAUGAAAAUGGAACGCUUUCAUUACCUGCAGUAAAAAAAGCAAGGACAAGUGCAGAAUAAAGGACAAUACAUUUUAAAACUUUCGUGUAUAUUUACUUUUUUUCUUGUCAUUUUCAUGAAACAUACUUCAGCCUUUUUUUUUUUAUGGUGAAAAUAUUUGUCUUCACUUUUUUAUAGCUCAUUACAUCUCCAUCGAUUCAGAAGCAUCUAAUAAAAGAUUUUCAAAAGAAA